UUUCAAAAAUUUAAACAAUUUUUUAAAUUAGUAUUCCAUUUCAUACAUAAAAAAAAGGAAACAGAUUUGUGUAAUAUGUACUAUAUUAUACAAUAUUUAGUCAACGUAUGAGAUAUAAAUGAUCCACUAACAUUGUUGGAUAACAUCAUGCUGAGGCGAAUUUCUAGAAUUGGUUACAAUACUUCUAUUCAAAAGGAAUUUAUAAGACAAAAAAUUGUUAGCCCUGCUUCACUUUUAAAUCCUGCUGGUAAAUUGAAACUAUAUAACAAGGAAAAUAAAGAAUUAUUUGGUCCAUUGUUGGAAACGAAUAAGCAGAAGAAAAGUAGAUUGAAAAAAGAAGCUAAAAAUAACACACAUCAAAACAGAGCAAAAGUUCAGAGUGACAGUAUGCAAAAGUUUUGCCACUCAGCAGCAAGCAGUCUUUUUAGCACUUUAAGUACAUUAAUUGCACCAGUCUACAAUUCUUCUGUGUUUCCAAUUAUAAAUAAAAACAAGAUGUACCAGAAUACAAGAAAUGUAUUUAAUGCUACGGGUGUAGUUUAUAACAUUGCUGUGAGAAGUAUUAAAACUUCAUCUGUUGCAAAUGCAACAAAGAGUUUUCCUGCUGAACCAGGAUUUGCUAGUGAGGAUAAAAUUCUUCAAAUUAGGCAACAUCAAAAUGAUUAUACUAAACAAUUUCCAUCUGUUACUUUAAUUCUUAACAAAACAAUGACAGAGGAGUCAAGAAAAGCAUUAGAAAAAUGGAAGAAGGAAAGGAUUGAAGAAAUGGGUGUAGAGGAGUUUAAUAGGUAUCAUGAAGCACAAAUGGCAGUUGGUACAAAGUUCCACAGUACACUAAAGAACUAUUUUACUCAGCCGCAAACACAAUUACGAAUUGAAAAAGAUGUGGAAGGGGUGUGGGUCUCUGUAGCAGAGGUAUUGAAACAUAUAUCUUCACCUAAGGCAAUAGAGUCCAAUGUUGUACAUCCUGUACUGAAAUAUAGAGGGGUGUUUGAUGCCAUUGCUGAUUAUGAAGAUAAACCAACACUAAUUGAAUGGAAGAAAUCAGACAAACCUCGAAAAUCCAUAGCCCUAACAUAUGACAAUCCUGUCCAACUAGCGGCUUACUUUGGAGCUGUGUGCAAUGACCUUAACUACAAACAUAUGAAUGUACGAGAUGCUUUGUUGGUCAUAGCCUACACCGAUGGUUCUAAAGCAGAUUUUUAUCAUUUACACACAGAUAAAUUAAGAGAACACUGGGCACAAUGGUUGAUAAGAUUAGAAGAAUAUAUGAAGAAAUUCAAUAAUGAAUCUGAGAAGCAAUUGAAGGGCGGGAAACUGUUUGAGACAGAGAUUGGGAAUCUCUAAAGAGUGCAAUACCAGGAGAAUUGUCAUUAGCUAUGAUUCUUAUGAGUCUCAGUCCUAAAUCUCAAUCACAGCAUAACCAGAAUAAUAAUCUGUUACGUUUUGUCACGCUAAUGUAUGUUGUUCAUUUAAUUUUGUUAUAACCUAUUAUUUACAAAAAUACAAAAUAUUAUGUAUUUAUAGUUAAUUCAGAGUUCAACUUUCACUAAUGAUUUUAUUAUAACUAUAAAUAUUUGAGAAAAUCAGUCAGUUCGUUUAAUUAUGGCCAUGGGCAUAGUGACAGACAAAAGUUGGUCAAAUAGUAAUUUCACAUUCUUAUGUUAACCAUUUCUAUGUGUAAUAAAGAUGAUACUGCAAUGCACUGUUUAAUGUGUUAUGGAGGCUGCACACCUCAUUUUAUGUUGGAUUGGUCAUAGGUAGUGUUUGAAUUGGAAGACUGGAUAUUUAUGGUUAGGAUGAUGGUUGACUUAUUCUAUUUUUUAUUAUUUUAUAUAGUAUAUUAUUUGUGUUGCUUAGAGAUAGGGUUGUGUAAGUUGUAUGCACACAAAAUAUUGAUUUAAUAUGUCGAAAAUAUUAUGAGUCUUAAAAUAUGUAUUAAUUUGUAUUGGAUUUAUAUUUGUACCAUAAUAGCUUAAAUAUAAAAUCUAUGGUUAUAUGACGUAAACUGUACAAAUAAGAAAAAGAGAAAUAAUUAUGGCACUAUUGUUAUAUUCUGUGUUGUAUGCAUAUUGCAUUAGCUACAGUUAGUGUUCUAUAACAAAAUUCAAACAAUGUAGCAUGUGGAACUGUCACAUUGUUUGAAGUCUGUAACAUCUGUCAUAAGUUUGUCUCUACAUUUGCGCCAAAAUCUUCAAUGUAGAAUGGCAAUUACAAAAUUUUGUCGUUUAUUAUUUUAUUACUUUAGAGUACUUAAUAAUUAAUAUAUUUUUUUACUCCUUUUAGUUUGCAAAGCUUUUAAGCCAAAUUAGUAUGUAACUAGUGAGCUAAGUUUUUGUCAACUUCAUUUAGAGAAUCAGCUUAUGCAAAUAGGAAUCAAUAUCCAAGGACUCUUCAACUUUUGCAGAUUUUGUUUCACACAGAGACUUACCGCUAAGUAUUACUCCCACACGUCUGAAAUGUAUUGGAUUUUGACAUACGAAGGUCGAGUCUCAUUUCUGAAUCGUAUUGUGAAUAGAUCCAUUUGUUAAUUCGUCAUUAGAUUUUUAUAGAUUCAAUUUGACUGGACAGGUACGUCGCAAAUAAACUUGUCUCUAGUCUCAACAUAACCAUAGACUAAAAUUAAUGCAUCACACAAUCUUAAGUACGAAGAAGUUCUUCCAUCUGUCAAAAUAAUAUUUUAGUUUGAUACAUUUUGACAGAUAUGAGAGUUGUCAAUUAAAAUUGUCUGUAAAUUUUAGCCGUACAGUUGAGUUAAUUUUGACAUUUGAAAGCAUUUAAGAUUUAGCUGUUACAUUUAAGAUACGCCAUUUUUGUUUAAUAAACAAUUUGAAUACC